AGGGACAGAGGGUGGGGUAUAGUUGCAGUCCCUCAAGCUCAGGGAAGCUGGGGCUUGAGUUACCUUCCUCUCCUAGUCCUUCACCUUGCCUUCUUCUCACAGACCUUGUCUUGAAACAACCAUGUGGGACAUGGUGGAACAACCAGAAAUGAACUACUCAGGGGACAGCCCUUCAAGACCACUGCCUUGCAUGAAUACCAGCCCAGAGAAGAGCUGUGAUGACCAGGGAGCCAAGGCCUCCAGGUGGACAAGACAAGAGGUUGUGGAACAGGGAUACUCCCUUAUCCUGGAAGAAGGAAACAGCCCCCAGGGUGUCCUGGCAAGGUCUGAGUCCAUGUCUACCUCUUCAGAAGACAUAUCCCUGAGCCAAGCUGCCACAUUCCCAGGAUCCGAUUCCAUUAGCUGGGGGCUAGAAGCCAUAGACUUGGACUCCACACCCAUGUAUCCAGGGCUCACAUCUGAACCAUCAGGGGCCAUAUCCCUGGAGCCAGAGACUUUAUCAGUGGGGCAGGAAGGGGAGAUUCCAGAGAGAGUGACCAGAAGUCCAUCACCACAGAUCCUUCUGCCCAAAUUGGGCUGGGAUGAAGAAGUGCUCCGCCCAGGAGCCCAGAUCUACAUGCACUUCAUGCAGGAGCAUAGCUGCUAUGAUGCCAUGGCUACCAGCUCAAAGCUGGUCAUCUUUGAUACCAUGCUAGAGAUCAAGAAGGCCUUCUUUGCUCUUGUGGCUAAUGGGGUACGGGCAGCCCCUUUAUGGGACAACCAGAAGCAGAGCUUUGUGGGCAUGCUGACGAUCACAGACUUCAUCCUGGUACUGCAUCGUUACUACAGGUCACCCUUGGUUCAGAUCUAUGAAAUUGAGGAACACACAAUCCAAACCUGGAGGGAGAUCUACCUUCAAGGCUCUUUUAAGCCACUGGUUUCCAUCUCACCCAAUGACAGCCUGUUUGAGGCUGUUUAUUCUCUGAUCAAGAACCGAAUUCACCGCCUGCCCGUUCUGGAUCCUGCCUCCGGCAAUGUGCUUCACAUCCUCACACACAAGAGGCUGCUCAAGUUCCUGCAUAUUUUUGGCGCACUCCUGCCCAGACCCCAGUUUCUUUCCCGAUCUAUCCAAGACUUGGGCAUUGGCACAUUCCGAGACUUGGCUGUGGUGCUGGACACAGCCCCAAUCCUGUCUGCGCUGGACAUUUUUGUAGACCGCCGAGUGUCUGCACUGCCUGUAGUCAAUGAAUCUGGACAGGUUGUGGGCCUCUAUUCCCGAUUUGACGUCAUCCACCUGGCUGCCCAGAAGACCUACAACCACCUGGACAUUAGUGUUGGUGAAGCAUUGAGGCAGCGGUCCCUCUGUCUGGAGGGCAUCAUUUCCUGCCAGCCUCAUGAAAGCCUGGGUGAGGUCAUUGACCGAAUCGCCCGAGAACAGGUUCACCGGCUGGUGAUGGUGGAUGAAUCACAGCAUUUGUUAGGUGUCAUUUCCCUGUCUGACAUCCUCCAAGCCCUGGUGCUCAGCCCCGCUGGCAUUGAUGCGCUUGGUUCCUGAGAAUCCCAGUGUCCUUGUGUCUUGUGCAGUGCUCCAAAUCUCAACCCCCCACCCCAAACAGAUGGAAGGAGGAGGGGAGCUCACUCCCUUCACUCACUCAUUCUCAGCCAAAUCCUCUCCUGCUCAGGUUCUGCAUCUUCAUCCCCAGUUCUGCUUCCCUAAUACAAACAAAACUCUGUUCCCAUAAACCUUUGAGAAAGGCCAACGCUUCACAGGAUGGUAGAGGUCAGGAUGAGAGCUCCCUGACCUUCAGGCACUGGGAUCAUUGGAGAAUAUUCUUAGCCCCAUGUAUGCCCCAUAUCCUUAAUCCCCUUCCUUCCAUCUGCAAUAGUCCCCAAGGUGGGGCUGGCUAUGGGGUUUGAGAGCCCAUACCUUGUAGUGUUGGGACAUAAGACAGGGACCCAACUCCUUUGAUUUCUGGACUGGCUCUCAGUCUUUCACUGUCAUUCCCUAAUGUCUUUUCCCAUGAUCUUUCCCAUACUCCCCUUAAUUCUUCCCCUUCCACUUUGGCAUUACAGGAGUUGGGUAUCACUAUGGAAUCACAGUUGUGCAGCCUCAGGCCUCUACCUGUGGCUGUCCACCUAACCUGGCUAGACACAGGGAAAGAUCUAGAAUGUUAAUAAACGGGUCUGAGUCUGGCCUCCACCAUCAACUUGUGGUAGGCCUCUGGACCAGUUCCUGCUCCAGUCUGGUUCUGCUAUUACUUCUCAGGAACAAGAGAAGGACCUGAGCUAUUCCCAUGCCCUCCCACUCUUAGGCUAAAAGAGUGGAUAAAAGAGAUAGGUCUAUGAAAGGCCUGGGAAUUCUCCAGGAAAAGUCCAGGGAACUUUUCUGUUGGGACUGACUUUCUUGUAGGAGUCUGUCAUGAGAACUGAAUUAUUAGACAUUGUUAUUUUUGGACUGUAUUUCCUUCUCUGAGCAGUGAGAUGAAUGAAUAAGAGGAUCUAGGGCACUGAUUCAAAUGGACAUUUGGCAAAGAGAGAGUAUGAUUCUUAUGUGUGCCUCUACUGUUCCUUCUCUGAGCUUCCUGGAGACCUAGAAAUUCAGUCACAUGAACCUUUCUAUGCGAGCUCCUAUUUACUCCUCUUGCCCAAGGCCUCCUCAUCUUCCUCAUCCUCAUUUCCUGGAACUGUGCUGGGUGCUUUCUCUCUACUCCAGCUCUCUUCCUUCUCCAGGUUCUACAACCAAAUAUGAACUUGAGGGGAGAGGAUGGGUCAACACAUGUGGAGGGGUGACUUCUUCCACAAAGAUUAAAAAUUUAAAAAAAAAAAGGUGUUUGAAUUACAUGUUUGGUACCUUUGAUGCAUACACACACAAUUAGAGAGAGCAAGACCAUCUUCUUGCCAGGUGCCAGCCAAGUCCUCUAACCUCCUACCUCCAGGCAGGCCAGCUCUUUCUCCCUUGUGUCAGUAGAUUUAGAGCUAGGAAUGACCUUACACUGAAAAUCAUAGAUUUAGAGACUGGACAUAGAAAGAGCCUUUAAAGACAUCUUAUACAACCCCCUUAUUUUAUGGUUGAGGAAACAAAAGCCCACAGAAGUUACUGUAAAUGACUUGCCCCAGGCCACAUGUGUGUUAAGUAGCAGAGCUAAGGUUUCAAAUUCCACUCUUCUUAUACCAUGGUACUUAAUAAGCCUCCAGGAAAGGAAUAAAAAUUUCUAAAGCUCUUUCAUCACAACAAGCCUACAGGCUAGGUAGUAUGAAUAUUGUCAUCCUCAUUUUUAUAGAUGAAGAAACUCCCAGGAUUUUCCUGGCUCCUCCAUUUACAACUCUUAACAUUCAGGAAUUUCUCUCUGCCACAGUCUCUGGUCAUUCCUUCCUGUUCUCAGUGGAGGGGGCAGGGACAGUUCAGAGUCACGUUUUCCCAAUGGAGAUUGGAAAUCUUCCUCCUCUAUGUAUUCUGCUCAUACGCUAAUUUGUUUCUCAGAAUUCUCAUAAUUAGGACAAAAGCAUGAAAGUCUUUUCACAUAAAAAGAAAGGCUCAUAAGUACUUCAGAAAGAGGAAAAAAACCUAGAGUUGGGAGUCAGGAUACCUGGAUUCUAGUUAAAGAAAUGCUACUCACUUGUUUUAAGACCUUCAUUAAGUCACUUAACCACUCUGUCCCUUUGGUUGCUUAGAAUUUAAGAACUGGAAGGGGCCUUCAAAUUCAUCUAGGCAAACCUCAUUUUAUGAAUGAGGAAACUAUAGCCCAGAAAACUGACAAGACUUACCCAA